AAUUCAUCAAAACCACCACCAUCGCCAACCAAACCUGACUUCUUUAUAUCUCUCUCUAGACCCACUUUCUCUAUAAAUCUCUCCAUCUAAAUCCUCUUAAAGAUCUCUCUUUCUCUUUUUCUUUCAUUCUUUCUCUGUAAGAAUAUCCAGUCCAUAAACAAUGGCACCAGCAAGCAACACUGUUAAUGGUGCUGAAUCAAAUUCACUUAUAGUAUCUUUCGGUGAGAUGCUUAUAGAUUUUGUACCGACAGAAUCAGGAGUUUCAUUAGCAGAAGCACCAGGUUUCUUGAAAGCACCAGGUGGCGCACCAGCUAAUGUUGCCAUUGCUGUUUCGAGAUUGGGUGGGAAAGCUGCUUUUGUUGGUAAACUUGGUGAUGAUGAAUUUGGUCAUAUGUUGAAGAAUAUCUUGAAUCAGAAUGGUGUUAGUAGUGAAGGUGUUAUAUUUGAUCAAGGUGCAAGAACUGCUCUUGCUUUUGUUACGUUGAAAGCUGAUGGUGAACGUGAAUUCAUGUUUUACCGGAAUCCUAGUGCCGAUAUGCUCUUGACUGAAUCUGAACUUAACCUUGAACUCAUCAGAAAGGCUAAGAUCUUUCACUAUGGAUCAAUAAGUUUGAUUACUGAGCCAUGUAGAUCAGCUCAUCUAAAAGCAAUGGAAGUUGCAAAGGAUGCUGGAGCAAUUCUGUCUUAUGAUCCCAAUCUAAGAUUGCCACUGUGGCCAUCCGCCGAAGAAGCUAAAGAACAGAUCAUGAGUAUCUGGGAAAAGGCAGAUGUGAUCAAAGUCAGUGACAACGAGUUCGAGUUCUUGACUGGCCUUGAGACUGUUGAUGAUGAAGUUGCAAUUUCCUUGAUGCACCCAGGAUUGAAGCUCUUGUUGAUUACUCUAGGUGACCAUGGAUGCAAAUACUACACCAAGCAUUUCCAUGGAACAGUGGACGCAUUUAAAGUGAAAGCUGUGGACACAACUGGAGCAGGAGAUGCUUUUGUUGGUGCCCUCCUAAACAAGAUUGUGGAAGAUGAUUCUAUUCUUGAAAAUGAAGCAAGUUUGAAGACAGUGCUUAAAUUUGCAAAUGCAUGUGGAGCAAUCACUACAACCAAAAAAGGAGCUAUUCCUGCUCUACCAAAUGAAGAAGAAGUUCUCAAGCUUUUCCAAGCAGCAGCAUAAAACACACACUAAAAGUUUCACAUUUUCUUUGAUUUUAUCCUUGUUUCUGUGUUUGAAGAAGUUCUACUUGGAAAUCAGUUUUAGAGUUAGGCCGUCAGUGAGAAAGAAAGCGAGUCUAGUUGUUCAGAUGGACUCUUUUCUUCUGUUAGUGAAUUGUGCAAGUGUUUGUAUGCAUCAAAUGUUAGGAAUAAAUGAAUGAACUUGUUUAAAGAAAA